UUCAGGUGCCUUUGCCAGAGGAACCAGAUACCGAAGAUGAAGCCGAAAUAAAAAAAUGGAAGUGGAAAGUCAAAGCUGUGAAAAAGGAGAACAGUGAAAGGCAUUCACAGCGGUGUGAUACAGAACUGAAACUUGCUGUGGCCAGAAAAAUGAAGGAUGAAGAUGGAUUUUACUACCCUCACAAUUUAGAUUUUCGGGGGCGUGCAUAUCCAAUGCACCCAUAUUUGAAUCACCUUGGCUCUGACCUCUGUCGAGGAAUCCUAGAGUUUGCCGAAGGUCGCCCACUUGGCAAGUCAGGCUUACGCUGGUUAAAGAUACAUUUAGCUAAUGUGUAUGGUGGUGGCGUUGACAAAUUAUCGUAUGAAGGUCGAGUUUCAUUUACUGAAAACCAUCUGGGGGAUAUCUUUGAUUCUGCAGAUCGGCCUCUUGAAGGGAGGCGAUGGUGGUUAGGGGCAGAGGAUCCUUUCCAGUGCCUGGCCACUUGCAUCAACCUAUCUGAAGCAUUAAGAAGUCCAUGUCCGGAGAGUACAGUCUCCCACAUGCCUGUACACCAGGAUGGCUCAUGUAAUGGCUUGCAACACUAUGCUGCUCUUGGGCGAGACAAGCUUGGAGCAGCUGCAGUCAACCUUGUUGCAGGAGAUAAACCAGCAGAUGUUUACUCGGGAAUUGCUGCUAGGUAAGCUUUGAUGCCGUGAUGAAUAAUUUCC